AUGGCAGUGUCUUUAGAGGGUUCUCGGAUUUGGUAUGCAUAUACACAAAAUGGAGACGACUGUGUCGGAGGUGGAUGUACACUUGUGUACACAUCCCGUGAACCCGCCCUAGUGACUACAUCAGACUGGACUCUGGUCAUGAAAUUUGCCACAGGACAAGAUCUUGGAGGAGCAAACAGCGUGUACGAUCUUUGGACAGGUACAUUCACAGUUAACGAAGGAGAUGAGCUGGCCAUGUCUAUAGAAACAGGAAGUAAGACUUACAAGUCGUCAAUAGUUGACAAAUGGGCUGACUACAACAUCAGUGCAGUUCGCGUCUCGUUUGUGAAUGAUGGCCAGGAGAAAGCAUAUGUCGUAUUUGAUGGUCGCGAUUCUGAUAAGAAAAGCUGGUUCUCUAAAUCCAGGAUUCUGUCUUCAUCAUGGGAGGACCUUAAUACACACUCGAUCACAAACUAUGAUUCCAUUGAUGGGUAG